AUGGCGGAGAUGUCACGGAAGCCGCAGCCGAAGGCGCAUUCAUCAAUUGGCGACCUAGUACUCGAAGAAUGGGUGACAGACCUGAUAGCUCACGGAGAAGAGAACCGUCGCCAUCCACCCAACUACUUCACCUCCGAUCCUUCAGCGCUGAUUACCACCUCCUUUGCGCACUCCUUUACCUUGGGCACCGGCAACCAGAUCUUCACCUCCAUUAUCCCAGCCAUUGAAGCUGCAGAGUCAGAGGUGCUUAUUGUGACCUGCUUUUGGGCUCGCUCAGCCUCACUGGACCAGCUCUGCACGGCCUUACGACGCCUAUCCGGCAAAGCACUAAGAAGAGGAGGCUCACGAAUCCGUGUCAGCAUUUGUUUCUCCUCAAGGUCGUUAUGGCAGAAGCUGUUCCAGACCUCCUCAUUGGAUGGCCAUAUAUAUCCGCCCAAGUCCUGGUCAAAGACGCUUAGUUUACCGCCCUGCGGAGACCUCGGGGGUCUGGAUUUGACUGUCAAGAGCGUCUUUGUACGGCCGUUCAGUGUUAUGCAUCCCAAGUUCGUGGUAGUGGACAGAAGAAGGGCUCUUCUGCCAAGCUGUAAUGUCAGCUGGGAGAACUGGUUUGAGGGCUGUAUCGAGCUAUCCGGACCUGUCGUCAGCCAGUUCGUUGGGUUCUGGGAAGAAUUUUGGGACCAGGGCAGCAAUAAACCUCCGAUUUCCAACGGCAACAGCAGCGGCCCGGCGCGUGAUGCUCUUACGCUCACAGAGAGCGGUACCUCUGCACCUCCGAUGACAGUAAACGGCUAUGUCGAUAUUCUUACAGACUCCAUUGGCAACAGUACCGCCCAGGACCAGCUACCUACCACAGCUCCUGCCAUCACAGCCGUCUCUUUGAACGCCAAAAUACCACUCCCAACUGUCUUCCUCCCCUCUCCCCAUCACCUUAACCCACGCUUCCGUCCCUUCCCCUGGCAGACCGCUGCGCCCGCGCCCCCAACACCCCUCAACACAUUCAUCCUCCAUCUCCUCUAUCACGCUCAAACCUCUAUCUACAUUCAAACCCCGAACCUGACCAGUCCACCAAUCCUCUCCGCUCUCCUAGCCGCCCUCCGCUGCGGCAUCGACGUCCACAUCGUCACUAACGCCCGUCUUAUGCUCCUUGAGCAGCUCGGCACUGCUGGUACCACGACCGCGCGCUGUGUUAGGAAGCUUAUCAAACGUUACCGUGCUAUCGCUGCACCACCUCUUACAGCAUAUUCCCUCGAGCGCGCACUCCCGGCCCCCGGCCGGCUGAGAAUCGAGUACUUCCAGCCGCUACCGACGUCGACGUCAUCAACAAGCGGCAGCAGAGCCGACGAAGAGCAAGAGCCCGUGCAAUCCCACCUCAAGCUCACGAUCGUGGAUCAAGAUGUCACCGUCCUGGGUAGCGGGAAUAUGGACCGCGCCAGCUGGUAUACGAGCCAGGAGCUUGGAGUCGCUUUUUUCUCGGCGGAGUUGGCGGGGCGGGUGAGAGGGGCUGUUGAGGGGGCGUUGAGAGGGAGGAAGAGGGGCGUGUUUGGGGACGGGGAAGGGGAAGGGCGGGGAUGA